AGGAGUGAUUGCACAGUUCAGUCUGUAAAUUUCCCGGCAGGAGAAGACGCAUAUGAUACAGACUUCUGUGCAAGGCUAAUCUUCUGAAAAUCAUUAAUUCUAGAAAAUAAUUUUUGGACUGUUUUUUCGAACUUUGGUUCUGACCUGAUAAAAUUUUCCUGCUCGUUCAUGUGGCAUUGGUGCUCAUCGUGAUCAUCUUUUUGGAAAUUACCAACGUUCAGUGUGACUCCAUCCAUCACAGACUGGGACAACAAUGUUGCAGUGAUAACACCGUGUUUUACCUUCAGGAGUAGUGGAUAAACUCAUCAAUCGGUAUGCCUUCUUGUAUUGUGGAAAACUGCAAUUCUCAUUGGAGGAAAAAAGAACUCAAUGUCAUAUUCCACGUGUUCCCGAAAGACAAGGUCCGUAUCAAACAAUGGCUUACGAACACCGGAACAGUUUGAUGAGAGUAACAUAGACGAGGGCCGUUUCUAGGAUCUGGCUGAGUAAAGCCAACAAUUCAUAUCGAAUAUGCUCAAAACAUUUCUCGUUCGACAUGUACGAAAAUCUAGGCGGUAAAUUGUCGUUGAAAAAAGAUUCUUUCCCAAGUAUAUUUAAAAAUCUGCAAACUGUUAUUGAAGUUGGUGAUAAUGAGGAAAGAAAGAAAAGGCUUUGCACAGAACAUAAUAGAGUUUCGACCUCCUCUUUGUCUGAUCAUCCUUCUUGCCUCAACACUGGUCACACCAAGGUCAGUCUCUCCAUUCUGCAGGUUCUUACGCACAAGCUGGAAUCUCCUCCUCUCCUAGUUCGGAGGAUCCUAGGUCAGGGGUAGCCCAUGUUACAGAAUCCUCGAACGUGCCAGAAAAUUCUCAGUCUUCUUUUUUGAGUUUUUUUCGGUCCACGAAAAGACACAGAUCGUCCAAAGGUGUCAUGACUGAUUUUCCGAGAGAAACCAAGGACAAAAAAAUUGGAACUUUCCCGUUUCAUGGUACUAAAAACAAAAAAAUUCAGCACAGUCCAGUCACAGCCGAUGUUGGAAUUCAGUGCAAUUUAUUCCGCAAUUUAAAAUCUAAAGAUUGGGUAUUACCCCAAACAAAGGGUAUUGCUAGCGCACCAAAGAAAGAGAAUGUUGAAGGACUAAUUUCAGAUGGAAUCCACAAUGUGACUCCAAGUUCAACUUUAAGAAGCUGUCAGGAAGAGUCGUCCUUUGCUAUCCAAAUGGAUGAUCAUGAUGUAUCGUACUAUCCCUCUAAUGAAUACUCUUUAGAAUCUGAGGACAACAUCUCCGGUACUCCACGUGUAGACAAGGUCAAUACUCGUUUUGGAAACCAAACCUCACCAUCGGGCGUGUCCGGUUCUGAUUACGGGAAGGAAAGAAAAUUCCUCCUUUUCGAGAGCUGUCUAGAUAAUCUUUUGACAAUGGUACGCUGUAAUUCUAACAAUUGCAAUGCUUCUCUCGCUCAAGUCGAGAAAAAACUCUGUGGGUCUUGCCUGUCGGUGUAUGCCAGGUGUAAGGAUGGUCAUCGCUCUCUGCUGUGGGAAAGUCAACCCAAAAUCAGAAACGCUCCAGUGGGCGAUGUUCUCAUAUCAAGUGCCGCUCUGUGCAGUGGUUCCAAUUUUCUAAAAAUUGAAAGUUUUCUCAAACUCUUAGGCAUGGUCUCAAUUAGCAAAACAACAUUUUACGAAUUUCAAAAAAAAUAUUUGUUCCCUGCCAUUGAUUACCAUUGGAAAUUAAACCAACAAAACAUCAUCUCUCAACUCUCUGGACAAGUGGUCGGUCUGUCUGGUGAUGGCCAAUGUGAUAGCUCCGGAUACAAACGCCAAAUAUUGUACCUAUUCCUUUAUGGAAGCUGAGACCCAAAAAUUGUUGGGUUUGGUGUUGAACAGCAUACGCCAGGGUCAAGUUCAGUUCAGGCUUCAGAGGGUAAGGCUUUUGUGAAGGCAACUGGACGAAAUAAAACAAAAAAGGCCUCAAUGUAAAGAGUUGUAUGUUCAGGUCCCGGCAUUCACAAUUAGAAAGCUAAUCCGUGAAAAAUAUCCCAAAAUUUUACACCGGUACGGUGUCCAGCAUAUGGCAAAAUCUAUCGGGGCCAUGAUUAACGCGGCCAGUAAAAAAAAAGGAUGUGAAGAGCUGGCACCUUGGAUUCCAUCCAUAAAAAAUCAUUUAUGGUGGCAUCUGCAAAUUGCGAGGGCAAACCCCACAGUGCUUAGGGAACAGUGGUGUUCUUUAUUGUUCAUGUGAUCAAUGUCCAUCGAUGGGAUGGAUGUGAACAUACAAAGAAUGUAAUCAUCUUCCCAUAAGUGGAAACCUCAAACUCACCAGGAACUGGCUGAGAGAUGGGUCAUGUGCCUACAAGGAAGCUCCAAGAAAUCAUUCUAAAAAAGACAUGGGCUUGGAGACAUAGAAAAAAAUGUCUAUGUUGUGCCACCCUGGCCAUCCGGAAAUUUUUCAUAGUACUGCUCUGAAGUACCAAACCAAAAAGAAACCACUUUUGUAUGGAUGCCAUGGUAGCCAGGACACAACUCUCUAUUUAGAGCACAAUUCUAAUGUAGGGGGAACAAAAUCUGUGCCAAGCAAUAGUGACUCAUCAGAAAGUGGAUGGUACAGGAAGUCAAUGCGGUAAGGAAAGAGGGCAGUGGGCUUUAAGGGUUGUGUAUGAACCACAUCGGCAAGACUUGUCUACAACAUAUACAACCACAUUUUUGACACUCUACAGCUGCAGAUAUGAUUCUCGGUAUCAAAUUUUUCAUCUGAGGGGCUUCGGGUAAAAGUGAUCCAAGCGGCUCUACAGCCUCCCAAUCACUUGUAGGCUUCAUGUAGACUAGCCUAUACUGGCAGCUCCUAAACUUGAAUUUAGGAGUUUUUGACAUUUUUUUGCCAAAGCUCCUAAACUCAACUCCAUAAAGGGCUAUGUGUCCAUAUACAGUAGGGUUAUGCCGAUACCAGUUUUUUAAGACCGAUUACAAGUAUCGAUACUUUUUUUCCCAAGUACUCACCGAUUACCAAUACUUUUUUUUUAAUGCAUUA